AUGGCACUGUAUGAAGCUCUGUAUAGGCGAAGGUGUAGAUCACUAAUUGGUUGGUUCGAAGUCAGAGAAGCGGAGAUGUUAGGACCUGAUUUGGUCUAUCAGGCUACGGAGAAAGUCAACUUGAUACAAAGGCAUUUGAAGACGGAUCAAAGUCGCCAAAAGUCCUAUUCGGACGUACGACAUAGAGACUUAGAGUUCCAAGUUGAUGAUUGGGUGUUUCUGAAAUUCAUGGGAGACCCGUCACUUGUGGUUCCUCCAGAGGUUAUAGGGGUUAAAGACAACAUGUCUGACGAAGAAAUUCCACUGGCUAUUCUUGAUCGUCAAAUUCGCAAGCUUAGAACUAAAGAAAUUGCUUCAAUAAAAGUUCUUUGGAGGAACCAAAAGGUUGAAGAGGCUACGUGGGAAGCUGAGGAGGACAUGAAGUCCAGAUAUCCCCAUCUCUUUGAAAAGCAAAAGGAAAAUGUAGAAG